AUGUCUUCUUCCUACGACCUGACAUUUGUCUACGUCUUGGCCUCCAUCUUUAUUGGUUCCUCCAUCAUCACUUGCCUGCUCAGAUUUAUCAAAUUCGACAUUCAAUCAAUUCUCUCAACGAAACGAGGCAUUGCCAUCUCGAGCCUUGCACAGAACAUCUAUGAGCGUUGGCUCUACGCACUAUCGGUGUCAGACCCUCUCUCGCCUCCUGCCAGGUCUUCAUCCUCCUCACGGGGCUACCUGGAGACCCUGCCUCAGCGUACUGGCCCUCGUCCUUCCGUGGGUGGCACAAGAAACCUCAAGCAGACCACUCAGACCGUUGCCGGGACCGAGAAGGACCUCAGUAACAGACUGCGCACAGUCAUCACAACGAUCAACACCACCUAUCCCCACACCACUUACCUUGGACGGUCAACUUUCGAAGAGGGCAAUGUCACCCUCUUCGCUCGCCACCGUGUCUUCGAUCACACCAAGUACUAUGGUGAGAUCCUCAACGCAGACAAGUUCGACGGCUUCAUGUCGACGAAGUUGCACCCCAGCGAUGUCAGGACCGUGAUUGAGAAAGGAUGGGGUCAGAGACAUCCCCUGUCCAGUCGACGUGCAGCUUGGUUCCUCUGUCUUGCAGGUCAGCAUCAAGUCAUCCCAACACCUGAAAGCCGGGUGGUACUUUAUGCACCAAGGAGUCAAGAGGACCUUGAGCAGAUCGAGCAGAUUAUCAAGGCUGCAGUGUGGUGGGUCGGGGGUGUUGAUUCGAGAGUUGAGCAGGAAAGCUCGUGUUGA